AUGGCAGACGCAGCAGUUGAAAAGAAAGAAGUGGCACCCGAGGAGGUUUCAUCCACGGAAGCAGCGAAAGAGUCGCCAGUGAAAAAAUCCCCAGCAAAGAAGGUCUCAGAAGCACCUGAGAGCAACGGCAAAGAAGAGAAUGGUAGCGGUGACGCCCCAGAAGAAACUCCUGCUGAAAAUGGGGAUGCUGAGGAAAGCAAUGAUGCCACAGAAAAUGGAGAUGCUACAGAAAAAAAGGAAACUGGUGUAAAAAGGAAAUCUGCAGCAGCAGAUAAUGGUGAUACAGAAGAAAAGACCACCCCUGAAAAGAAAGUGAAAGUGGCUGAAGAGCAGCCUCAAGCUGAAGCAGAGGAAGCAGCGGCUUAA